UGGGCGGACGGGAGUGCGGCUGACCUCAGGGAUUUCUUGAACCGCGCUAGUCAUUUCGCAUUCGGAGAGGUCUACCGGUAUUCACCGGCAGUGAGGAUAGUUCGCGAUGCGGUCAACCCUAUGGAAUUCUACGAUGAAGAAGAUUUUUCAUUCAGGUUUCGUUUCACCAAGGCGUCUGUCAUUGCGAUCAUGUCGGAACUACAGUUGAAAAAGAACACGGACCGAAGGGGAACCCUGCUCCCACCGCUGCUGAAGGUGCUCAUCACGCUUCGGUUUUACGGCACUGGUGCCAUGCAGACAGUGGUUGGCGACCUCGUGCGCGUCUCACAGCAGUAUGUGUCGCGUUGUGUCUGGGAGAUCACCCAGGUCAUAUGUUUGCGUCUGUUUCCCAAAUAUGUGCGACUCCCCGAUGCAGCAGACGCGAAUGCUGUGAUGGCCCGCUUCUGCGCAAUAGCCCUGUUUCUAGGUGUAACGGGGUGUAUAGACUGCACGCACGUUCCGAUUGUGAACCCUGGAGGCGAGAACGCAGAGGUCUUCCGCAACCGCAAGGGAUACUUCUCACUCAAUGUGCAGGCUAUCACUGGUCCCGAGCUCCAAUUCUUUGAUGUAGUUGCCAGUUGGCCUGGAUCUGUGCAUGACAGCAGAAUAUUCACCAACAGCAGAGUGAUGGCUCUCUACGAACAGAAGGCUGUACCUGGCGUUCUCUUUGGUGACCAGGGGUAUGCGUGCCUACCAUUCCUCAUGACACCACUGAAGAAUCCUCAAACACGACGCAGAAAAGACGUAACAGCACAUGAACUUCAGCAUGGAAAUUAUAAUAGGUACAACAACAGCCAGAUAAAAACAAGAAACAGUGUGGAGCGUACAUAUGGAGUGUGGAAAAGGCGCUUCGCAUGCCUGCGGGUAAAGCUGCUGACGGACACUGAUCGGUCUGCAGCUAUCAUAACAGCAUGUGCAGCGCUCCGCAACAUUGCCUGUUUGCGUCGAUACCCAUGUCCACUCUCUGAUGAAGCACACCCCGAGGUUAAUUUACCUGACAACCCUAGCCAAGGAGAUCCCGACACUGUUGCUGGUGCAGAAGUACGCAGCUGCUACAUCUGCCGGUGUUUUUCCUCUGAGAACGAAUACACAGGUCCAGUGCAAACCUGAAGUGUCUACAUUCAGGCGCUGUUUCAAGCGCUAUGUUCCUGCUCUACGUCGUCUCUCUUCAGUCUGGUUGACUUUAAAGAGUGCUGCAUGCAUUUAUCCAAGCAGUGUUACUUGCACCGCUGUGGUGUUUCAGUAAAUGAAAAAUUACAUGACACAGCUCAUAUCUUUAAAUGACUAUGAAAAACUUCAAAACAUCAGCUGAACAGGCACAUGUACAUUCAGACACUACACUUGGUGACGUUUAAAUAUAACAUUUUAGACAUCUGGUGUGUUAUCUCCAAAACAAUGUGAAAACAACUGAUGAAUUAACAACAGCAAGAAAUAUGCUUGCUGUUGCAUGUUAAUGUGACAAGUUUCCAAAACAUGCUCUCAGAUAUUCCUUUAUUC